UAUGAGAACAAUCCAAAACGACACAAUCUAAGGAACCCCGUUUCUCUCUCACACACACACACACACACACGCCGACAUCGCAACGGUUCGCCGGAAUAUUAAAUAACUCCGUUUAGUUGCCUGCUUUGCUUCUACUGCUCUUAAAUAACGGUUAAUUAACGUCCGUUUGAUAAUCAGUUUACGGGUGAUUUGGAUUGAUUAGCAGAAGGAAUUCAAGAUGAUUGGAUCUUUUAUCACCAGAGGGCUUGUGAUGGUUUUUGGUUAUGCUUAUCCAGCUUAUGAGUGCUUCAAAACUGUGGAAAUGAACAAACCUGAUAUUCAGCAACUUCGCUUUUGGUGCCAAUAUUGGAUCUUAAUUGCUAUGAUGACAGUUUGUGAGAGGUUUGGUGAUGCUUUUAUUUCAUGGGUUCCAAUGUACAGUGAAGCUAAGUUAGCAUUCAUCAUUUACUUGUGGUGCCCCAAAACUAAGGGAACUACGUAUGUCUACGAUGCCUUUUUUAGACCCGUGAUUUUAAGGCAUGAACCUGAGAUUGAUAAAAAUUUGUUGGAGUUGAGGAUCAGAGCAGGAGAUAUGUUCUUUUUAUACUGGCAGAAAGCUGCUAGCUAUGGUCAGACGAGGGUUUUUGAUGUUUUGCAGUAUAUUGCUUCACAGUCAAAUCCACCUCCACCCACUCAGCCACAAAGGCAAAGCAGUAGAGGUCGUCAACCCACAGCAACACUAAAUCGCAGAUCAUCCGCUCCAAGACAAGAACAAGCAUCCCCUGCUUCUUCUGAAUCCUCAAGCGAGGAUGAAGCAGAUACAACAGAAGAGGCGGAAUCCUCCAAAGGUCCUCCACCGGCUUCCACUGCAGCUGCAAACGCACAAAAAGCAACUCCAUCCAAAUCGCUGGUCUCCACUGCAUCUGCUUUUCUGAACACACAAAAAGCAUCUCCAUCCAAAGCCCCUGCUGAAACUACGGAAUCUUCGACUUCUGUUGAAACUCGAGCGAUGGAGAUUGAUUCAGUGCCUUCCUCAGCCAAUGAAAGUGUUAACGCUCCUGCUGAGGAAGCAGCCCCAGUUACGCGAGCCAGACCAAGAAAGGGAAGGACCACAAACAACCCUUGAUAUGUUAGUUUGAAUAUGUGGUUUAUAUUCGCUGUGAAAAAGGAUUCAUCCUAGGCUAGUGAGUUCAAUGUAACAUUUGGCAUAUCUUAGUUCAUUCAUUACUUGAAGUUGUCCAUGAUUUUUGAGCAUGGCUUGAAUAAUAUGAGGGUGGAGUGGAUAGGAAUGCCAGAUGCAAUUACCAUUCAUUAUUAGAUAUCCAAAUUAAAGUUCUUACAUUUGUGCUCGGUGAUUGGGGAGUAAACUCAUGAUUACUUGUGCUAAGAUGGCACUAGCUUUUAGGUGCUGCCGCGUAGGAAAAUGGUCAUGAACCUAUGGAGCCAGAGUUAUCUUAGAGGAUCUUUGUACAUAUAAACAUCUGGUUCUUGGGAUGACUUCUUGAUGUACUGAAUGGUAAUUGACAUGGGACUGAGCAUCUAUAAUUGUAUCUCUUUACCUUUUCCCUCUUCU